UCUAUGAAAACAAUAUGGCUGCCUCCAGCCCUGCAGGCAGGCAGAGCCAGGGGCGAGCUUGGCUGUGCCCCGCAGGCGUGGGGGUGUAGAGGCCUGGCCUGGGUCCGGCUGGCGGCCGAGCAGAUGGCGAACGGGGAGCUGGACGAGGAGAGCCUGCAGGAGCUCUACAGCUGGGUGGAUGCCGUCCCCCUGUCCCGCCCCAAGAAGAACAUCACCCGGGACUUCAGCGACGGAGUUCUAGCAGCAGAAGUGGUGAAAUUUUACUUUCCCAAAAUGGUGGAAAUGCACAAUUAUGUCCCAGCGAAUUCAACGCAACAGAAACUCUCCAACUGGGGCCAUCUCAACAGGAAGGUGCUGAACAAGCUGAAUUUCUCCAUCCCGGAAGAUCUGAUCCGGAAGAUCGUACAGUGCACGCCUGGCGUGGUGGAGCUGGUGCUGCUCCCACUGCGGCAGAAAAUCGAGGAGAAGCAGAAGCAGAGCAAGGUGGCAUCUGGCACAUAUCAGGAGCUGGGCACACGCUAUGCACUCCAUGAGAACGGCCAGACGGAAACAGGCUAUUCGUCGAAGCCAAAGACCAGUGCCGCAGGGAUCUACGUGCAGCAGUCCCCACGAGCGGAAAGGUAAAGUCUGCCCUGGGAUCACCCCACAAACUGACCACAAGCCCCGCGUGACCCUUUAGAACUACAGACCCUUCCUGGUUACUUGGCUGGGAGCCUUCCCAAGGAAUUCUCCAUGACGGGGGUGGGUAGCUGGCCCUUCUGCCCUCUGGAUGUACUGCUCUAUGGGAAAAUGGAGGCCCCCGCUCUGCAGGGCUGUCAAUCCAACACUCCCCAAAGGGGAGUGAAAUGCAGACCCUUCCUGGCUGGGGCAGCUUUGCCCCUGAGGUUUAUGGCUGGGAAAGG